AUGACAACAAGAAUAACAUGGCUUCUAAUGUGGCAUCAGGGAAGUAUUCGCUCUACAACGAACAAUUUCCUAAGAGUUUACAGCAGGGCUUCCAGGAGCUAAGGGAAUCCGUGUGCCUUUGCGACAUCCAGCUGGUCGCUGAGGACCGGAGGUUUUGGGCGCACAGGUCGGUCCUCGCCGCGGCGAGCCCGUACUUCAGGGUGAUGUUCAGCAGCGAUAUGCGGGAGAGGACCAUGGAGGCGGUGGAGCUGAAGGCGAUCCCGGCUAUAGGUCUGGAGUGUGCGCUGGACUUUAUAUACACGUCUCUGCUGAACGCGGACUUUGACAGCAUGGAGGAUGUUCUUCUUGCGUCCACGCAUCUACAGGUGGCCGACCUGACAGACUGCUGCGCCCGGAUACUAAAGGAAUGGCUACGCGUGGACAACGUUUUCGAAAUCCUGUCUCUCUCUGAAAGAUACGACCUUCCGGCGCUGAAGUCCCACUGUAUAGCCUUCAUUUCGCAGAACCUCCGUGCGGUUCUGAGGACGCGAGAAAACUCGCUGCUGCAGAUAGACUGGGAGUGUUUCUCCGGCUUGCUGAGGAGAGACGACGUCAACCCGCUGGUCUCCGAGAGCGACAUCCUGGAACUCGCAAUUAAUUGGUUAAAUCACGAUCGGGAAGGCAGGGAGCAGUGGUUGGAGCCGCUUGUGAGGGAGAUCCGGCUCGGUCUGAUCUUCCCCUCGGACGUAGACUACGAUUCGGAGGGCCACCUGUGCUCCUCUGCCCAGCUAUUGCGCGAGUCGGUCCCGCGGGGGGACGCGUACCUCCGCACGCUGCGCAGAGGGGACGCGCGCUUCGAGACCGACGUCUCCUUCCACAACUGGUUCAAAAUCCGGUCCACGCGAAAAGGCGUGCUGGCCACUUGCGGUAAAACCACCGGAAGUCUGGAAUGCGGCGAGAUCAUGGUUUUGACGGGGAAGUCUAUGGACUCGUGGGAUACGAUCAGUCGAAGGAAGGGGAUGUACAAUCACUGCACUGUCGUGCUGGACGACUUCCUGUAUCUCAUAGGGGGGCAGAACUCCUGGUUCAGCGAUAACCAUGAGGAGGAGGCCGUGGCCUCAGUGUGGAGGUUCGACCCGCGGUUCCACCGCUGGACCAAGAUGGCCGACAUGAACGUGCGGAGGCGGCGGUUCCACUGCAGUGUCCUGGGGGGCGGGGUCUAUGCGGUGGGGGGGCGGGGCGAGGGCGGGCUUCUGUUCUCAGCCGAGCGGUACAGCCCCGCCCACAACCGCUGGACCCACAUCCGCGCCCUGCCCCGCCCCCUGUCCAGCCAUGCCGGGGCCGUGUACCAGGACCAGCUCUACGUCUGCGGGGGUUCCUCAGGGGAGGUGUUCUCAGACGCUCUGUUCUGCUACGCUCCGGAUCGGGACGAGUGGACCCGCCUGGCACCUCUCCGUCACGCCCGCGGGUUCCACAGCAUGAGCACCGUGCACCACCACAUCUACGUCAUCGGGGGGGUGGUGAUUGGGGGCGGAGGGGGCAGGGGGGGGCGCUCGUACUCAGACCUGCUGGUGACGGAGUGUUACUCCCCCCGGGACGACCAGUGGACCGAGCUGCGCCCCCUCCCGGCCGGGCACAGUCAGCACGGCGCCACGGCCGUCGGCCAAACCAUCUACAUCCUGGGGGGGUUCUCCUGGACGGCCGAGGGCUUCCUGAGCGCUGUGCACCUGUACGACACGCAGAGUGACACCUGGGCCGCCGGCCCGCCCCUGCCCCGCCCGCUGGUGGGCCUCUCCAGCGCCACGCUCACCCUCCCCCACCGCGUCUGCCCGGCGCACGAUGAUGAUGUCGCCGCCCAGCCCGUGGAGUGA